AUGGCAUGGCGAGUGCUACUAGCACUGCAUUCCUUUGGCAGCGCCACGCAGCAGGGGGUAGGGGUUUGGGAUGCUGAGAGCUGGCAAUCAGCGGGUAGUUCGUUUGGAAGCUACGGUGACUACGACCCUGAAGACACUGGGGUUGAGCACCGGUACUACGUUCACAAAGGUGAGCGAAUCGAGUACCACCCGGACCAGGAAGAGCCCCUCGAAGCUGAGGGCUUCCCCGUGCCCUCAGAGAAGGCUUGCAUGGAUGCAUGUGACAACGAUCCUCGUUGCGAAUGCGCAGCUUACCGGCCAAAGACCAGGAGCUGUCAGCGAUGGAAUGGCUGCCGUAGGCACCCUGCACGUUUCGCGAAGGAUAGCGAGACGUUCAUGCUGAUGAAAGUUCCGAGCGCCAAGCCGAAAUACACGGAGUAUAGGCGCUACAACACCUACGGGAGUUUGGGCUCCAAGGACAUCGAUCGAGGGGAUCGACCGGCAGUGGUCCGCUCCUACAUCGAAUGCCAAGAUCGGUGCACGGUGGAUGCUACAUGCGACUGCAGUGUGUGGGCCAUUGACGGCACAUACAGGUGCUGGAAACAUCAGGGGUGUGAAGAAAGCACGCUGGCGUAUGACCCCGUCUACACUGUCUUCGUGAAGCAGAAAGUGUUUACACAAGAAGAUGAGACAACCACCGAGGAGGUUGAUCCGUACCUCCCUGCCCACAGAGAAAGGCAAGCUUCGACAACGAUGGAAGCUACGACAGAAGCCGCCGUGCGGACAACAGUUCGAGCUGAGACUGACCAGGACAAGCAGGAUCUGACUUCUGCCGUCAAAGCCAAGCUCAGCAGCUCCACUUUGGAGCACACCACGUCGACAACACCUCGGACGACGGCGGCUCCCACUGCGGCUGCUUCGACAGCUGCAGCUGUGACAUCUCCGCCUCUUGCGGGUGCUUCUACGACAGCGCUUCCUAGCAGGGUGGUGUCCACAGCAGCGCCAACAACUGCGGCUCCUACAGCAGCAGCUGCAAACAAUAGCCGCAUGGAGAUCGACAUUGCCAUGACGAUGCCGUUCCCCGCGGAGAUGGGCGCCCAGAGCAUCAUGCGUGCGAAGCAGCUCCGACAGUCGCGUGUCGAGGCCGUGCGAGAGCUGAACGGUGAGUUGGAGGAGAAUGCGACUGCAAGUGUGGCUACAGCUAUCUCGAUGGCGGCAGCCUUCCGCGUCCAGGAGGUCAAUGUCAAGCUGAAGGGGAUCAAAGGGCAGGUUGCAGAUGACUCCUUGAACAUCACGGUUAAGACGGAGGUGUCAGGCGUGAAUGACUGUUCCGACGAGCCUGAGCUCAAGGCAUCUUUUCUCAAGAAAUUCUCGCUCGCCAUGAAGACGAUCCCACCGGAAAGGUUGGUUCGCCUCCGGCAGCUUGGUUCGCAGCUGUCUCUUGCAACAGUCACAGGCAUCACAUGUUCGGAAGUGUCUCCGCACUCCGAUUGGUUGAUGGCCUGGGCGUCCAGGUGGAGCCGUCACACGGUCAUCGUCCUGGCAGCCGUCAUUUGCAUAGCAACUCUUUGCUGCUGUUGCAGCCUCUUUGGCCACAGGGGCUAUCAGCGCGUCACCGGGGCACCAGACACCCGCACAGUCCGGCAGGGUGCUGCGCAGCCGCCCCGCUUCGAGUCAAGAUCUGCUCGGAUGGAACGAGUUAAGUCGCGAGUUGAGAAAUACUCUCAGCGCGCACUGGAUCUCGUCAUGGCUGCAGAACCCGACUUCGAGGACACGGAGCUGCAGUACUAUGUGAAGAUUUUGAACCGAUGCCGCGGGCACGCGAAGUCCGUUUGCGGCUCGCCGUGGAGCGAGUGGCAAACUUCCGGUGACUGCGAGCUUUGCAAGCGCCGCAUCGAUCGGCCUGAGAAGGGGCUUCAGUGCACUCAGGGAGGGCACCGGCUGUGUUGGAGAUGCAUGACCAGCAUCAUGAACUGGGAGACUUUGGCAGCCCAAGAAGGGCAAAACUCGUGGACAUGGGCCCACAAAGAUUGGUUAUAA